AUGUUGCAGGCCGCAUCACCCAGCAGUUCGUCGCAGCAGGAGAUUGGAUACCUCAAAGAGUCGAUCGACGAGGCCAGAUUGUUCGUUCUGCAGACGGUCAUCUGCACAAGCCAUGCGAUCGGCCUGAAGAAGCUGAAAGCACUCAACCCGAGAGUGCGAAAGACUAUGUGGCGAAAGCUCUAUGAGAUGGCAACACCCUACAUUACCUAUCGCCUUGAACACUGCCAAGGGAAGGCCGAUGAACUCGCCAUCUACCAGAUCUUCCAGCUGCGUCCGGAUGCAGCACAGAGCGAACAUGACAAAGCCGCCGCUUUCAAGCAAUACUACAAGGCGAAGUUUGUAUUCUACUGCGAAAUGCUUCUCCUCCAUCAGCUCAACAAAGGCCUCCUGAACGCCAGCAAGCCGUCAGGAAAGAUCUGCAAGGACGCCAAGGCGGCCAUGGACGACUUCAUGGACCGUGACUUCUUCGAUGAGAUGGAGCAGCAAUGGGCGGUGCUGAUGAGAUCCUACGACUGGACGGAGAUGCCUACUGAUCCAGCUUGUCAAGAUGUCACUUUCCGAGUCCCAAGAACAAAUGGCAGACCUGGAGAAGUUAUUGAGAUGCCCGAAUUUGAGCGAGGUGCGGGUUACCUUGAUGAUUAG